AAGCUUUAAAUCUUCAUGAAGGGACAAACUGAUGACAGGAAACGUCAUCACAAUGAUUUUAUCAAUACUCCAUUAGAUAUCAAAAGUAUAUUUCUUUAUUGAUAUUGAUGCUUCACUUUUUUCUUUCAGAUAUUUUAAAAUUAUUAAUAUUUAGAUAGUUUUUUCUAGUUGUUUUUGAAGGGAAAGAGCAGCAGAAUAUCCAUCACUAUGGCACUUGACUCUGAGUUUGGUGUGAAGGGCAGCAGCAUCAUCAGGGAGUGGAGCGGACAGGUCCAUCCGGCUCUGGUGGCCUCCUUGGUUUUCCUGUUCUGCCUGGAAGCCUGUCUGUGGGUCAGGAACCUCCGGCUCAAGAGAAGACUCCCGGGACCUUUCGCCUGGCCGGUGGUGGGCAACGCCAUGCAGCUGGGCCAGAUGCCUCACAUCACCUUCAGCAAGCUGGCCAAGAAAUAUGGCAACGUGUACCAGAUAAGACUGGGUUGCAGCGACGUGGUGGUCCUGAACGGAGACCAGGCGAUCCGCGAGGCUCUCGUCCAGCACAGCAUAGAGUUUGCAGGCAGACCAAACUUUUUGUCGUUCCAGAUGAUCUCUGGAGGCAGGAGUUUGACGUUCACUAAUUACGGCCAACAGUGGAAAGCACACAGGAAACUUGCUCAGUCAACCCUCAGAGCCUUUUCCUCUGCAAACAGCCAGACCAAAAAGACCUUUGAGCAGCACAUCAUAGAUGAGGCCACAGAGCUGGUGCAGGUAUUUUUGCAGCGGGGCUCACACGGACAGUGUUUUCACCCAGCUCACGAGCUGAAAGUGGCUGCUGCUAACAUCAUGUGUGCACUCUGCUUUGGGAUGAGAUAUGGACACAAUGACUUGGAGUUCACAACCCUUCUGCAGAGGCUGGACAGGUUUGGAGAGACAGUAGGGGCAGGCAGUUUGGUGGACGUCAUGCCCUGGCUGAAGUCUUUCCCUAACCCAGUCCGCAGUCUCUACAAAAACUUCAAAAACAUCAAUGAGGAGUUUUUCACCUUCAUCAAAGAUAAGGUGCUGCAGCACAGAGAGUCGUUUAACCCCGAAGUGACCCGAGACAUAAGCGACGCCAUCAUCAAUGUGAUCGAGAACGGAGAGGACAGCAAGCUGAGCAAGGAUUUUGUUGAAGCGACUAUCACAGAUCUGAUUGGAGCCGGUCAAGACACCAUGUCGACGUUCAUGCAGUGGAUUAUUCUCCUCCUGGUCAAGUAUCCAGACGUGCAGGUCAAGCUGCAGCAGCUGAUCGACAGAGUGGUGGGCAGGGACAGGUUGCCCUCCACCGAGGACAGACCCAACCUGGCGCUCCUGGACGCCUUCAUCUACGAGACCAUGCGCUUCACCAGCUUCGUCCCCGUCACCAUCCCCCACUCCACCACCUCCGACGUCACCAUUGGAAGCCUCCACAUCCCCAAGGACACCGUCGUCUUCAUCAACCAGUUCUCCGUCAACCACGACCCGCUGAAGUGGAAGGAGCCGCACGUGUUCGACCCCACGCGCUUCCUGGACGAAAACGGGGGCCUGGACAAGGACAGAACCAACAGCGUGAUGAUUUUCUCCACAGGUAAAAGGCGCUGCAUCGGCGACCAGAUCGCCAAAGUGGAGGUGUUUUUAUUCACAGCAGUUCUGCUGCACCAGUGCAGCUUCGAGAGUGACCCCUCAGAGCCCCUCACCCUCGACUGCUCCUACGGUCUAGCACUGAAGCCCCUCAGAUACGGCAUUAGCACCAAGCCUAGGGGAGAGUUGCUAGUCAAGGCUUCUCCUGAAUGAGCAGCACGCCUCCGUACUGUGACUCUAGGACACACUUUGAAUAAAAUAUUUAACAGCAUCAAUAUACCUGCACUUAACUGUAAAAAAAGCAUAUUUAACAGAAAUAUUUAAAACGUAUAGUCUGUUUGAAAUCUCAGAAUGGAUUACAUUUUGUGUGUACUUGUUUUCAACCUUCUAUUGAGCGUGUGUGCUUCAAUAAAUGCAUUUAAACUACUAUAACCACAUAUGUAAGAUCAUGUGAAUGUUAUAAAGUCACUUGAUGGUUCUCAUUUGUCUUGUGUAAAUAUAUUCUAACUGUGCUGCCGAAGUCAUAGAUCAGGUAAAAAGUAAUUUAAGUUCAAUCACCAGCUACUGUACUUAAAGCAUAAGAACCGAUGAAACAGCAGGAUGACGAAAAGAGAACAAAAUGAAGGGAUUUCCUUUGAGGACCAAGAACUCUCAAACUUUGAGUUUACUGUACAAGCACUGCAGCUACCCCCAUGCAUGCCAUCUCAGCAGUCCAACAGAGCACAUGUGCAGCUAGUUCCUCUCAGUCGUGAGCUCUCCUCAAAACCAUGUUUGUUUACAGGAACUUUUUUUUUUUUUUUUUAAUGGAUGUCACUACACUCGCCUCUGUGUUCAAGAUUUGAUGUUAUAAUGCCCAAGAGACAUGUUUUUGUUUGUUUGUUGAGGCACAAAAGGAAGAAAGGAUUUAACUCUGCUUGUUCUGAAUGUAAAAGUAUAAAGUUGUACUUGGAAAUUCACUGAGAUUUUACAUGAAGGAAAAAUAAGCUGUAUUUGAAACAAAUAAAGUGAUUUUUGAUGAUGUAUUGUGUGCAUAUUGAUUUUUCCACUAAAA